AUGCUAUCCCACAGAAAUGGAAACCUCUCCAUGGUCUACUUUCAAGAUUUUGUUCUGGAGGGAUUUGAAAGUGGCCUGGAAACCCAGGCCCUGCUCUUUGCUGUGUUCCUGGCCCUGUAUAUGGUGACUGUACUGGGCAACUUCCUCAUGAUCAUCGUUAUCACCCUGGAUUCCCACCUGCACUCCCCAAUGUACUUCUUCCUCAAGAACCUCUCCUUCGUGGAUUUGUGCUACUCAUCUGUCAUUGCCCCCAAUGCACUGGCCAACUACUUCUCCUCAUCAAAGGUCAUCACCUUUGCAGGAUGUGCCACCCAGUUAUUCUUUUUCUCUUUGCUGGGAACAACUGAAUGCUUCCUCCUGGGUGUCAUGGCCUACGACCGCUUCAUGGCCAUCUGUAGCCCCUUGCGUUACCCCAUCACCAUGUGCCAGUCUGUCUGCACUUGCCUGGUGCUGGGCGCCUACUGUGGAGGGUGCUUCAACUCUGUUGUGCAGACCAGCUUCACAUUCCACCUCCCAUUCUGCAGCUCCAACCGCAUCAACCACUUCUUCUGUGAUGUGCCCCCUCUGCUCCAGAUCGCCUGUGGCAACACGGCCAUCAAUGAACUUCUUUUGUUUGGCAUCUGUGGGCUCAUCAUUGUGGGGGUGACGUUUGUGAUCCUCAUCUCCUAUGGCUACAUCACAGUGACCAUCCUGAGGAUGCGAACAGGAGCUGGGAGACGCAAGGUCUUCUCCACCUGUGGCUCCCACAUGACUGCAGUGACCCUCUUUUUUGGGACUGCCUUUGUCAUGUAUGCCCAGCCAGGAGCAAUUGAGUCCAUGGAGCAGGGCAAGGUGGUCUCUGUCUUCUACACGCUGGUCAUCCCAAUGCUCAAUCCCCUCAUCUACAGUCUGCGAAACAAGGAUGUGAAGGAGGCCCUGGGGAGGCUGGGCCAGAAACACAUGGCCAUAUGA